AUGCAUCAUUCCUCGUUACACAAAGUUAAAGUUCCUGAUGAGUGGCUAUGAUGACAACAUAUUAUGAUCGCGUAGUUAUAAAGGUCAGCGCCUUCAUCCCUCCUUUUCCAGCUACUAUCAGUCUACUACCACAAAGCUUGCUCUUCCAUCAUGCCUAGCAUCAGCGAUUGUAAGUGCGUCCUCGUCAUUGGAUCCACUUCGGGGAUAGGUCGUGCCCUUGCCCUUUCAAUCUUGGAUCUUCCUUCUAAACCAACCGUUAUCGUCUGCGGUCGCCGCAAGGAAAGACUCGAAGAACUUGUUGCUACUCAUCAUGCUACAGGACGACUCAAGAGUGUUACUCUUGACGUUCUCUCAGAGCGCAACGCUCUCAAAUCUUCUAUCGAGGAGAUUGUCGAUACUUACCCAGACCUUGACGCUGUCUUGUUCUCGAGCGGCAUUCUACGUAGCUUCGACUUUACGAGGCCAGAAACUAUUGAUCUUGACUCUCUUGAGUGUGAACUUGGCACCAAUUACACGUCAAUUGUCAGGAUGAUUACCUUCUUCCUCCCUCAUCUUAUCAAGCUUGGGGAGCAAGGCCAUCCGACAUUCUUGUACCCAGUUUCCUCAGGGCUGUCCAUCUUUCCCGCCCCUGGAAUCCCUGACUACUGCGCGACGAAAGCUGCCCUCCACAGCUUGAGUAUCUCACUCGCUGUCCAGCUCAAGAGGAAGAAUGUUCACGUGGUCGAGAUUAUUCCUCCACUCGUCGAGUCGGAGUUGCACGGCUUCCAAAGCACAACACAAGGACUAGCUCGUUUCUGGCUUACGCUUGAAGAAUAUACGAAGGAGACAAUGGAGGGCCUUGUUCGAGGCGACUCGUACGUUCCAGCGGGGACUGCUGUCGAACGGUACAAAAAGUUUGAGGAAGGGAAGCUGGAGGCUGCAGCGAGGUUAUAUGGGCAAUCAUGAUUCAGACAGAGAGAACACAUUAAAUUAUCACAACGGGAUCUCAGGAAUUUCUGAAUGCUUUCUUGGGAAACUACAUUGUGUCGUGCACAGUCUAUAUUUAUGUAGCAGACGAAGUUAAAUUUUGCCAAUAUACCUAAUACAUAUCACUGAAUUGGCAAAUACUGGGGCACACCGUACUCAUUGCUAUUCUCGAUUUUCCGUUCUGAAACAUUGCGUGUGCCACGCCAAUAAAAUAUUCAGUCGCUU